AUGAAGGUCUUUACAGUUAUUUUAUUUUGCGUUUUAGCCGCGGUACAGAUAAUACAUCCUUACUUAGCGUACAACGAUGAAGAAACCAGGUUAGACCUACCCUGGUUGGUUCACCUUCGUUACUCAUGCCUGACGCUCAGAGGACGUCUGAACUCCUGUGUAGGAACUCUCUACAACAACAGAUGGAUCAUUACUGCUGCUUCCUGCUUGUCUGAAUUGAACAUUGACGACACACUAAUAGAGUCACGUUAUAUAUGGGUCCGCUACGCCGCUCCAAAUGUCUUCAGACCUGGCUUCGUGACAGAAACCACAAAGCUUAAAAUCCACCCUGAGUACGAUCACAAAACUGGAGCCAAUGACAUUGGUCUCAUUGACAUUGACAGGGAUAUUGAAUUCACAGACAAGAUCCAGCCUAUUGCUUUGGCAGCCCCUGAUGCUGAAGUACCUGAAACUGGCCGGGCUUGUGGCUACGGCGAGAAAGAAGGAGAGGCCGGUGAAGAUCUUUUCUGUGUGAAUGUCACGCUUUCUGAAGCUGACGGUCUUCUAUUGGCACAGACCAAUAUCAAUGCUACCAAGUACGACUUGGGAGCGGCUUUAGUGUCAGAAGGCAAAGUACAUGGUAUUCUUGUACGCACCGCUGAUGAAAACUCAGCAGGAGCCUUCCUUUCUACGUCUAAGUACGUAGCCUGGAUUGAAGAGGAGACAGCUGACAAGGAACCUGAAGAUGAGGAAGAAAAGAUUUCCGUUGUGGAUGGAGACGACGUUCUCAUUGCAGAGCCCAUUCUUACUUUUUAA